AUAAUCAAUUCAUACACUCCCGGCAGCAGCAUAUAGUGAUAUAGAAAUUCUUUCUUCAAAGGGAGUUUCGUUAUACCUCUAAAUUUAUACCCUCAUUUAAGUACAGUCUGUUAAUUACAAUAUCUAUUUAAGAACGAAAUAUUAUUAACUCACAAUAUUAAAUUACGUUAUAAAUCUGAGUAUAAUGGCUCACGAGUAUAUUCAAGGUCGAAUAUCUUUUAAACGAACAUACAUACUACUAUAAUUGCAACCUGAUUGCAAUGAUCUUUGCAAUCUCUAAUGUCUAGCGCCGCACGUGUGUCGUGACUAUAACGUGAACUACAAGUGAAAACAUCGCGCCACUGGUCUGAAGUAAACACGCGCUCCAACCUCAACUGAAUCUCACUGUUUCUAUAGUUUUCCUUCUAACUGCACGUGAAAAUAUAUUUAGUAAAAGUUCAACAAGUAAAAUUAGCAUGUUGAACAAUACUAAGCUUUUUAAUUUGAUAAAAAGAAAAUAUUCGUAAUGUACCUUUAAAUAAUGUCAAUAAAUUUGAUAAUGAUUAGUUCUGGACCUCAUUGAAAACUGAUUAUCUUCAAAAAAAAGUUUCAUUAAUUUAGUGCUACAACUUAUUGGCUAUAAAGUUGCUAGAGUGAAUAUGAACAAUCCUGGACGACGGUUUCGCGGUGGUCACGCUGGUCCCAGGAGAAAACGACGAAAAUCUUCUUCAAAUCAACCAGCAUCGAACAAGCGUAGAAGAAAAGAAAACGAUGCACCACCCAAUGAACAACCAAAUUCAUUACCUGUCAAUCCAGAUUUGGAUGUCAAUGCAAUUGUCAGAAGUCGAAACUGUCCUUAUUAUGGAUGGAAAUUGUAUUUUCAUGAUAAAGACUAUAGUAAAGAACAUGAUCUACUGAAAAAAAUACAAGCCACGGAAAGCUUUCUGGCAAGGCAUCAAGAUUUGAUAUCAUUGGACGGGUUGAAUGCCGGAACAGCAUUUAACAUAGAUGUUAACAGUUUCUAUAAUGACAACGAUUUUCUAAGCGAUUGGAGCAAUUUUAAGAAAGAGAUGCGAGAAAAUCCUAGUGAAACUUUGAAUUGCUUAGGUUUGGCUGUACAUCAGCUUGUUGUUGAAAGCUUACAAAAAAACGUUGAAGGCAAUUCCAUUGAACAGUUAAUCAGUUUGCCAAUGAUAAGAGUCAAAGUGUUUAACCAUGGUCCGAUAGUGUCAUUGAAAGAUCUCAAAGUCUGUUAUUAUGGAACUUUAGUUGCGACUCGUGGUUGUGUUAUAAGAGUCGGCCGUACUCGUCACUUAGCUCAGUGGGUUGUUUUUUCUUGCAAAAAAUGUAAACUGCUAAAAGUACAAAAACAAGAAAAUGGAAUUCUCACAAAACCAAAAAAGUGUGAUGUCUGUGGAACUGCCAAGUUUGUGCCAAAAUUGGAUUCCCCUUAUGUCAUAACUGUGCCAUUUUUAACAAUUAGACUCCAGGAACAUUUUGGUGAAGAAUCGGAUGACAGGGGUCGAAUGCCUCGGAUAUUGGAAGUAGAGCUCAUAGGUGACCUGGUGGGAUCUUGUAUGCCUGGUGAUGAUGUCACUGUUGUAGGAAUAAUAAAAGUCCGUGGUACGGAUGAUGGAAAACGAAAAAUCAAAGGACGAAAAACCGUGCGGGCAUGUUCCAUAUACAUGGAAGCUGUUUCAAUAAAAAACAACAAGAGUAAUUCGAAAGCAAAGUCCGAUGUAGGAGUCGAUCUGAGUAUCAAAGAUUAUUUUGCCAUAAAGGAAGUUCAUAGUGAACCAGACAUAUUCUCGUUACUAGUACGUUCACUUUGUCCGAAUAUAUAUGGCCAUGAAAUGGUAAAAGCUGGAUUACUGUUGAGUUUAUUCGGUGGAAGUUUGAAACACGCGUCGUUACGCGACGACAUUCACGUGCUCAUGAUCGGGGAUCCGGGUCUUGGAAAAUCGCAAAUGUUGCAAGCUUGUGCUCGCGUGGCUGCCAAAGGUGUCUACAUUUGUGGCAAUUCCAGCACGCGAUCUGGUCUUACGGUUACCCUGUCCAAGGAAGCGGGUAGCAAAGAUUUUGCUCUUGAACCCGGCGCUCUUGUUCUUGCUGAUCGUGGCUGUUGUCUCAUCGAUGAGUUUGACAAAAUGCCUACUCAGCAUAAGGCAUUGCUGGAAGCCAUGGAACAACAGAGUGUGACCGUAGCAAAAGCGGGGGUCGUCUGUUCUCUUCCAGCAAGAACUUCAAUACUUGGGGCCGCGAAUCCGAUCGGUGGUCGGUACAACCGAGCCAAAACGGUCAUAAAAAAUUUGAGCAUGAGCACACCAUUGCUUUCCCGUUUUGAUUUGGUGUUUUUAUUGCUCGACGAGCCGAAUGCGAUGCUGGAUAGCUUGAUGUGUGCUCAUAUCAUGGAUAGUUAUGCAAGGGGCAACAAAAAUGUUGCUACAAGUGGCAACACUCAAGUUGAAACGAGUUCAUCUGGUCGCAUUUCAACAAAAUCAGCGACACUAAGGGAAAGACUUACAUUGCUAAAUAAUCGAAUGGACGGUUUGAUUCCCCAAUCAAUAAUCCGAAAAUACAUCGCGUACGCUCGUCAGUACGUUCAGCCAACAUUGUCCGAAGCAGCAGCGAAGAUUCUACAAGAUUUUUAUUUGGAACUUCGUGAAAAAACCACUAUAUUUGGAAGCAUACAGGUUUACAGCAGGCAAUUGGAAGCGCUGAUAAGACUCACUGAGGCAAGAGCUAAGCUAGAACUCCGAGUCGAGGCGACAGCGGCGGACGCCAGUGACGUCGUUGAGUUGGUAAAAUGCACUUUGACUGCUGUUCCACCGGAAGUGCCAGCUUUGAAUUCAUCUUCGGACGGUGGAAAACUCACUGCCAACAAAGUGAACGAAUUUAUUUCACUUCUGAGGGACGAAGUUGAGACAGAAGACAACAGACUUUUUCGGAAAACAGAUUUAAUGGAAAUUGCCCAGAGGGGGGGCAUAGUCAUUAAGGAUUUUUCUCGUUUUAUUAACAAACUCAAUCAAGAGGGAAUUCUUAUUAAGAGAGAUAAACAGUUGUAUCAGUUUGUUCAAGAUUGAUUAUUUUUCAAACAAAAAAUAUAUUAUAUCACACUUCCCAAGCUAGAA